AUGUUCCUGCGUCCAUUAGACUUAACAACUGCGCUUCGCCCGUCGUUGUACGAUGACGAGCUGUUGCUGUUUGUGCAAGAUGGUGUCGGACUUUACGAAGGGAAGGACAAGCUCGCGAAUUACAAGAACGGGCAUGCUUACUUGACCUCCCAUCGAUUGUGCUACGUCGAUAAUGAAGAUCCACGAAAGUCUUCUGUCGGGAUUGAUCUAAAAGACAUCGAUCAUACAGAGUUCUAUGCAGGAUUUCUGAAAUCCUCUCCUAAAAUCACGUUGUUUCCCAAGACAGAUGCCAAUGCAAGUCGGCAUGGCACACCAACCUAUUCAUCUCCGAGUGAUGCGCUGGUUAGGCCCGGAUCGACCGCAGUCCGGACACCUCUUCACUCUCCUGUCUCGAUGAGAAAUCUCAGCGCGACCUGGAUCUGUCCCAUUUGUGGAUUAUCAAAUCCGGUACCUCCGAAUUUCGAAGCUUCUGUGGCUAAUGAACACACACCUCUCCCGCCAUGUCAGGCCUGCGGUAUCAGACCGCCACUGGCUCUAAUGAUCAAAUCUGCGAUCGCUGCAAUGUCGAGUAGAGCGACAGGGGCAGUCCAAACAUCUCCAUUGGCAGCUGCCAACGUUCCAGACUCUUCUACGCAAUCAGCCUCGCGAUCAAGUAGUACGCCAUCAAAGAAUCAUAACCAAUGUCCUCGAUGCACAUUCCAGAAUCAUGUCUCUUUGACCACAUGCGAAAUGUGUGGAGCGCCUCUCCAGAGCAGACACAAUCGGCUUUCGCAGUCCCUGGGGAGGGACUCUACAACUUCGUUUUCCUCGGACCCUCAGGCGAACGGUGGGAGUAUCGUAGGUAACAACGCUAUCCAGACAAUCAAAUUCUCGUUUCGUGCAGGCAUCGAUAAAGUCUUUCUUGACAAGUUAAAAACUGCCUUAGUUCAGCGGAAAUGGCUGCUGCACAGCGCGCCUCCUGUGCCACAGCAGCCAGGGUCGUCGUCUUCCAAUGCUAACGGCAGCAAUGGCACCUCGACCACCACAACUCAUCAACGGGUAGUUGGUAUCGCCGGACUGGAGCAGAGAGGCGUCGCACUCCGACAAAACAAUCAGGCCGUGAUAGGCACAGCAUUUGAGGACCUCGCAGCUCUGAUGACCUCGGCUAAAGACGUUAUCAAGAUGGCAGAACAAUUUGCCCGACAGGCAGAGACCAACGCGAUCAACGACCCGGAUGCGAGAAAGUUGAUAUCUGAAUCUGCGUCUGCUCUGGGGCUGAUUACCACAAAAGAUAUGCUCGGCUCUGGUUCCACAGCAGAACAUCUCUACAUCACGGAGUUGUCCCGCAAUCUAGCUGAAUAUCUCACCGAUGACCGGAAAGGGAUCCUUCGAAAGGAAGGAGGCAUCAUCUCACUGGUCGACCUCUGGCAGGUUUUUAAUAGGACUCGCAACGGCAUUGAACUCAUCUCGCCGCUUGACUUCCAAAAGGCGGCCAACAUGUGGGACUCUCUUGGUCUUCCAGUGCGUCUACGCCGCUUCAAGAGCGGCUUGCUGGUAGUCCAAGAUCGGAGCCGUACAGACGAGAAGACAAUUGCCAGUCUCCUUGAAUGGCUGCGGAAGCCUCCUAUCACGAUGUCAGCGUCAACAGCUGAUCUGUACAGCAUCCACUUCGGAAGAGGCGCGACUGCACAAGACACGGCCGAAAAGUUCGGAUGGAGUGUAGGUGUUGCAACGGAAGAAUUGGAGAUGGCGGAAGAAACUGGAGCACUGUGCCGCGACCAAUGUCUUGACGGCACUCGAUUCUGGGAGAAUCAUUUCGCAGGAUCCCAAUCAAUAGGUCAUACCUUGUAA